UGUUUUUCUCUGGUUAUAUCUUGCCGACGUCAACCUAUGUUUUCUUUCUCUAUGCCUAAUAUAUAUAUAUAUAUAUAUAUACACAUAUUAAAUAUAUGGCAGAAUUCAUGGGACACUCUGUAUACCUAAAUACAUUAUAUUUAUUAAUUACAUAAAUAAUAUUAACAAAAUUAUUAUAUAAUAUUAGUAUAGAUAUAGUAUUGUUUAUCUAUCUUUGAAAAUUGAUAAAUAUCUGAAUAAUAAGUGCUUACUUAGAUACUUAAGAAUAUUAAAUGUUUAUCAAAGUGAAAAUACCUACUUUUAAUUACUCCUUAUUAUUCUGACGAAAGCAACCUUAUGUACAUUAUAAUAAUCAAUUUCUUAUCAGAUGUAAAAGGCCUUACUAGUAAGUAGUAAUUACGACGCACAUUUUUUUCACAGACAUUACGGUUUCGUAAUUUUCGCAACUUCGCAAGUAACAUCACCGUUUUUUCAUUUACAUUCACCUUCCGACAUUCUAAGUAAGUUAUUUUUAUGGUUUAUUGUAUAUAAGUCGAUGUUAGAUAUCUUGGCGUUAGCUGGUAGUGAAAGUAGUGUCAUUAUUUUGACACGAUUACCUAUGUCGCUCAACAACAAUGUAAAUGUGAAAACGCAAUGGCGUAAUUAGGAAUUUACUUGAAAGGGUGAGAUUAUAUAUGUGUAUAUUUUCAACUUGAGUAUUCAACAGAGUAAAUUUAGUAGUAUAGUAAUUUCGCAAAAAUAUUUGAAAAAAUAAUUAAAUAAUGAUUAAUUUCGUUUCUAGAAGACAGCGAACUCUUAUCCAAAAAUCAAUAUGGAUUUACACCGGUUAUAGAUAUUGAACUAAUUAAAAUAACAUAAUUCAAUUUAUCAAUAAAGAAUUAGAUAACAAUAAGAAAGUGAUUGCAGUGUUCCUGAACUUAACCAAGGCUUUUAAUACUGUUAAUUACAAUAAUCCAUUUCAGAUAUUUUGUUACUUAUGCAUUAACAAUCUUAGCUUUAAUUGGUUUUAAAGCCACUUAGCAAAUAGAAAAAAAAUGUUCAGUAUCAAUGACAUUACAAGUCAGGAAGGUAUAAUUGAAUAUGGAGUUCCUCAAGAAAGCGUACUAGGUCCUAUUUUAUUUGCAUUAUAUAUCCACGCAGUAAUUGAAUUAAUCAUGAAUUGUUUAAUUUUUCUAUAUGCUGAUGAUACCUGUCUGCUUUUCACCGAUGAAACUUGGAACGAGGUUCUUCACAAAGCGGCUGUAGGUUUAAAUAGUAUACAUCAAAUUCUAUGUGACAAAAAUUUGACGCUUAUCAAAAAAUAAACAAUAUUUAUGACUCAAUUUACAAAAGCUUCCUAACACUUAAUCUCUUCAUAAUACAUAGUUGUUUCGAUGGUGGCAGUUGUAUUGACUAAAUUAGUUUUCUAACUAUCACAGAAGUUACAAGUACACAAUAUCUAGGUAUCAUAUUUUAUAAAAGUUUACGUUGUAAUCUACACAUAUAUAAUCUGGUAGGAAAGUUACGCCAAUUAACAUAUAAAUUUCACAAAAUAAAAGACAUAUUUUCUAAACAAACUAUGCAGGUAAUAUAUUUUGUGUUAUACCGAUCAAUUAUUCGAUAUGGUUUGUUACAUUGGGGUGAUUUAGUAGAUUGUAUUUUAAAUUAACUACAAAUAAACCAGAAUAAUAUAGUAAGAAUUUGCUCAAAUAAGUAUUCAUUACAAGGUUCUACCUCACAUAAUAAUAGGGGGUUGGGUGUACUACCAGUUAAAUUUCUAAAUAAAAUAUUCCCGUUCACUUUUAAAAAGUUAAGAAAUGCUAUAAUGGUCUAGAUCUUGAGGACAAAAGAGAAAAUAGACAGUAUAAUUUACUAAUUGAAUAUUUUUGCAAAUUUGUUGGUCAACCUUAUGUAAACUAUCUAGGCUCUGUGUUUUUAACUCUAUGCCUUGCUAAUGUAAAAAAAAAUAAUGUUAAAAAUUAGUUUAUAACUGAUUGUUUUCUCAAUUAGUUUAAGUUGUACAUAUAUUCUAUGUUUAUAUUGCUUAUUAUUUGUAUAUUCUUUUAUAUUAUCUUUUUUUUCUUUCUUGAAUUUUUUAUAUAAUUUUCGUAUUAUAUUAUACUUGAUACUUAAAUUUUAGUUAAAAUUGUUUUACUCUCUAUCUUUAAUGUUAGCUAUUAGCUUAAAAGAGAUAUAUAAUUAUGUAUAUUAUUUAAAAUUGUAUUUCUUUGUAAGUAGAAACAUAAUUUUUUAAAUUAUAAUUAAUUAGUUAACUAAAUACAUAUUAAUUUAUAAAUAUGGUAAAAUAAGAAAUAGGUAGGUUCCUAGUUUAUAAAAUAUUUUUGUAAAAUUAGAUGAGGUUUUUUGAAAUUAUUAUCUAUUAUAUAUUCAGAAUUAAUUGAAAUCUGUCAAUAUAGUUAAUCCUUUUUAAUUUAUCCUGAAAAGGUUUUAAAUCUGUAUUAAUAAUUUAAAAUAUCGAACAAAAAUUCUAUGAUAACAACUUGUAUUCUUUAUUUAGAGAAUUACUAAUGAUAGUACAGUUAAAGUUAAGUUAUUUAUUUUACUAUUAACUUCCACAAGAAUAUUACACCUACCUAAUUAAUUUUAAUUAUUUAUUUAGUAAUUCAAAUAAUAACUUUUUCGGUUUUGAGAAUAUUUGUUUUCCUGCCUGUUGAUACGCUUCUGUUUCACUGAUUCUUUUUGAUAUUUGUUUAAUUCUUCAAAUUUUUCUCACAGAAGGUCAUAUAAUUUUUGAAUUUUGUUUGUAUGCUUAAUUAUUAUGUGUGUUAAAUACCCACAUUUUGUAUAAUAAAAAUUAACUCUAGUUGGGACUUUUUUUUAUUAUAUUUUUUUGUUAUUUAUAGUGAAUUUAUUUACAUCAUACAUAAUAAAUCUAUUUUCUUAUCACUAUUAAUCAUUUAUAUAAUUAAUAAGGUAUUAUUAAUUAAGGACAUUUUUGUUUAAAUAAGUAAUAUUGGUACCUAUUAAUGUGUUCGAUUUUAAGUAGCAUCAUUACCAAACGAAUUAGGAUUAUUACACAUCUAUUUAUUUAUGUAUACAAUUAUUCCAAUGUAUUAAUGUAUAAUCAUAUGCUAUUAUUUAUUAUUAUAGAUUGAAAUUUAUUAUUGUGCACAUUGCCUGUAGCAUAUGAUUUAUGACUAUUUUAAAUUAAAAUUUAAAACAUGUAAUGUAUAGUGUAUACAAUAAUUAAAAUCCUAUUUUGAAUGUCCAUUAUCCACAGAUACAUUAUGCCGGCAGAUAAAAAUAAUCCAUUUUUAAAAGUCAAAAGAAAAAAAAGAAAGAAGAGAAUCUAUGUUAAACCUGAUGUUAAACUAUAUUGUCCUUCGGCUAUGAUAAGGUAUGAUGGUGGUACAUGUGGGUAUUCGACUAUGUGGGUGUGCAAAAUGUGUUUAGCCUGUUGUUUAACUGAUGUGGCUGCUACUCAACAUUCCUUGGCUUGUAAGAAAAGUAUAAAAGAAAGUUGGAAAAAUAUUCCACCAAAGUAAUACUUCAUAAUAAUUGCUACUAACUAAUUAUUAAUAUUAACCUAAAUAUUAUAUUAUAUUUUAUAUUUUCAGAGAAGUGCCUAUGUCAUACUCAUGCCAUGUUUGCAAUCGUAUUUUUUCGCGUAAAGUAACACUAAAAAAACAUUUAGUAACCCAUGAUCAAAUUUCUAGUGAAAAUGAAAUAAUCGAAUCUGAUUCAGAAAAAAUUGUACAAAAAAAAAGAAGGGGAAGAAAGAAGACAAAAGCAGUUGAUCCAGAUUUUGUUGCUGAAAUAAUAAAAAAGAUUCCAGAGUCUACAAAUUCCGAUGAUAAUUUAAACACCAGUAUUCCUGGUGCAUCAAAAGUGUCUUACUAACUAAACUAAUAUACUUCAUUAAGAUAUAAACAUAUUCAAAUCAAUUUAAUGUAGUUUUUAAUAAGUACCUAUUGUAUUCACAAUAUAUAUUCUGGUAACUUCACAUUUUUUUUUUAAAUUUCACAUGUAGUUUAAUUAAAGUAUUAGAAUUUCACUUUUUAUUAAAAAAAAAAAAAGUAAUAAUAAUUUAGAGAAUAAUGUUAAAUAAUUAAAUAAAUUUGAGCAACAUAAAAGUAUUUUUUUGCCAUAGUAUUGUAUUAUUAACAUAACUUUUUCAAUAUAAACUUGAUAUAAAUACAUUUAGCCUAUUUUAUACUAUAGGCUAAGUUUUUAUCUUAAUAAUUGUUUUAUAUUUUAAAUUGAAUUCAUUAACUUUCAUAGAUUUUUUUUUAUUUCCCAAACUUAGUAUUCUCAUUUUGAACUAAUAUAUAAUUAUAUACUUUGUUUGUGUGUUUAAAAUAUUGAAAAUAAUUUAAUAUAGUUUUUGUAUACUAACAUAAACAUAUUUUUUAAAAUAUUUACUAUUAAUAAUCAUAUUGACUAAAGCAGAACGCCUUCUGAUUAAGUUAUAAAAGAUAUAUAUUGACUUAAGUUGUUCAUUUUCUCAACAUAAUAAAAUAAAUUAUAAUUGUAUAGUUUGUUCUUAAAUAGUGAAUGAAGAUAAUUAGCUAUGUAAAAUUAGUAUUUAUGCCAUGUGAUGGUUUUUUUUUUUUAGAUUCAAAAGAGGGGAAAAAAAUAUUGUUAUCAAUCGAAAAGAGGCGAUACUGGAAAUGGGUCUGCCACUGUUGGUGGGAAGUUAGAUAGGUUAUAAGAUAUUAUAGAAUUAUUUAAUUUAUAUCUGUACACAACAUAAACCAUUGCUAACAAAAAUUAUUUCUCAAUUGCUUUUCUUUAUAAUAAAUAGCCAAUUAAAGAUUUUUGUUAUCUAC